AUGCCUGCACCCACUUAUAUCAUCUCCAAGGUCGCAGACCCGAUCUUUGCCGUUUUUAUUGGACUGUCUGCGGCAGCUACGAGGAUCAAUCGUGAAGAGAAAGAGAAAGGCAGGACCACGUCCCAAACGUUGGACGCAGGGCGAAGGCAUGUC